CUGUCAUUGUCAUUUUUACCGGAAACAAUUCGGCCACCCCUUUUUGGAAGACGCGCUGCCGCUAAAGUCGUGAUUGCCGGCUUUUAGUAGAUAUUUAGUAGUAACAAAUUGUUAUUUGUUAAAGUUAGUAGUGCUAUUUGAUCACAUAAAAGUGAAAUGGCGCCACGUACAGCCAAGGCCAAGAAAGCUGCAGAUGUAAAAGUAUCUGAACCUAAAAAAGGAAGAGGCAAAGCUAAAAAUGCACCUGAGCCAGACCAGGACAUUGAUGAAGUUGAAGAGAAGGUUGUAGUAGCUGAAAAGAAAAACAAACGAGGGAAGAAUAUUGUCAAUUACAAUGAAGACAAGGAUGAAGAUGCUCCACCAAAGAAGGGAAGAAAGAAGAAUGUUGACACAAAGGUGAUUGACGAACCUGUUCCAGAUGAAGUAACUUCUGUAAAUGGAGAUGACUCUGCUGAGGAGGGCACAACAACCCCAGCUGAUGAGAUUGAUAAUGAAGAAACUGAAUCUAAUGGCCACUCGGAAGAGAAGGCCCCUGCUAAAGGUCGUAAGAAGGCGGUGCCGAAAAAAGAAGUUGUUGAAAAGGAAGUUAAAACAGGUAGGGGGAGGAAAAAUGCCAAACAGGACGUAGAUGCAGGUGAUAAAGAUGAGGCAGUUGAAGAAAAGCCGAAAGGCAGAGGCCGCGGGCGAAAGCCACAAGCAAAACCUGAACCUGAGAGUGAGGAAAACCCUGAAGAGGAGGAAACUAAAGCCCCGCCUGCAGCCAAAGGCAGAAAAAAGGCUCAACCAAAACCUGUUCCAGAGAAAGAAGCAGAUGAAGAAAGUGAGAACUUAUCAACAGAAAAUAAAGAUGAGGAAGACAUAAAACCAGAAGAGCCCAAAAAGAGAGGUCGCAAAAACGCACCAAAGAAAGCUCAGCCUGAAGAAGAACCAGAGGAGGUAGAUGAGGACAUGAAAGAGGAAGCUCCUGCUAGCAAAAAAAGGAAAGGCUCUAAAAAAGAAGAAAAAGGAAAAGGAGACACAAAAGAGGAUGAAGAAGAGGAUGAUGAAGACAGCCCUCUUGAAGCGAAACCCACAAAAGGCAAGCGAGGACCAAAGAAGGCAGCAGACAAACCCGCCAACACUGAGGAAGUGCAAGAUACAGGCGAAGCCGCUACGAAACGUCGGCGAAAGGCCGACGAAAAGGUCGCCGAUGAUAAUAAAAAGAAAGCUCCCAAAAAUGUUACAGACUAUGAAUCAUUAGAUUUCUCUAACAACUCAAAAAAUUCUCAAGAUAAAGAGUUUAAUUUAAAAAUAUCGAGCUGGAACGUAGACGGCAUCAGGGCAUGGAUGUCAAAGGGUGGAUUAGAUUACUUGAAAUACGAAAAACCUAAUAUACUGUGCUUACAAGAGACGAAAUGUUCACAAGAAAAGUUGCCGGAUGAGAUUAAGAACGUGCCCGGUUACCACGCAUACUGGCUGGGCAGCGACAAAGAUGGUUACGCUGGCGUAUGCAUCUACACAACAAAACUAGCCAUGAAUGUACAGUAUGGGCUACAAAACGAAGAAUUAGAUACAGAAGGCCGAAUUAUCACAGCAGAGUACGAGCAGUUCUACUUAAUAUGCACAUACGUGCCUAACGCUGGCCGGAAACUUGUCACGCUGGAUAAGAGAUUGAAAUGGAAUGAAGAAUUUAGGAAAUAUGUCAAGGCAUUGGACGCCAAAAAGCCCGUGAUAAUAUGCGGCGAUAUGAACGUAGCGCAUAAUGAAAUAGACUUAACAAAUCCGAAAUCAAACAAAAGGAACGCUGGUUUCACUGAAGAGGAGCGCGCGGGAAUGACGGAGCUGCUCGGCGACGGCUUCGUGGACACGUUUCGGCACUUGUACCCCGACAAAACCGGCGCUUACACCUUCUGGAGCAAUAUGUUCAAUAGUCGAGCCAAAAACGUGGGAUGGCGGCUUGACUACUUCAUUAUAUCAGAAAGGUUGGUGCCGGCGCUAUGUGACAGCGUCAUAAGAGACAAAGUAUACGGAAGCGACCAUUGCCCUUUAACGCUAUUCCUACGCCUAAGCAGCGCAGAUAAGCCUAAGGAAUAAUUACUACGCGUCCACAAUACAUGACUACAGAAUUGAAUUGAUUGUUUAUUAAUAUUUGUGCAUUUGCACACCAAACUUAAAUCAGAUAGAAAUUAAGGUUAUUAAUAUUGAAAUUAUUCUGUAAAAUUUGCAUAAUGUAAGCUUUACAUAGCUCACUUGGUUUCUGACGUUUUAACGGCAUUUGAAAACAAAAAUUAUUGUAACUUUUGUGUAUUAAGUAGGUCCUGUGAUUUUUUGUUCUUAUAACUAAUUUUGAAAUGUGAAAUUAUUUGAAGAUUAAGAAACAGAUAUUUUUCUGCCAUGGUAGGUCAUAUUUUUAAUACUCCAACCUAAAAAUAGGCAGAAAUGAUGAUUAUAAGUUUUGUUAGAAGUAUUGUAAGUUUAAAAUAAAAUAGUUCUGCAAAAAUACAACAAAUAUAAAUGCAAAAUGUAACGAUUUGCUUUAGAUAGGUCACUUUGUUUCCAUUUGUCAACAAAAAUAUUUGUAACUUUUUUGUAUUAACACAUUGCCUGCCCUUAUUUUUGACUGCUGUAUUUUGUUUUUUAUUUUAAUUGACAUGAUUAAAAAUAAUUUUUUUCAAACCUUUUGAAAUGACAAAUUAUUUGGUGAUUGGAGAUUGAGGAAAUUCUAAGAUUUAAUAUAUUUAUGAAGAAAUAAUAUUACUUAUAGUCUGUCCAGUCUGUCAAAGUAAUUUUAUUUUUAAUACUCCAAACUAAAAAUAUGCAGAAAUAAAGGUUUUUAUUGUAGGUAAGUUUAAAAUAGUUCUGUAAAUAGGCAUCAAAACAUAAAUGCAGAAUGUACCGAUUAGAUUUAGAUAGAUCAUUUUGUUUUUCACAUUUUAAUCUUGUUUAUUAAUGAAAACAAUAUAUAAUUUGUACCUCUUUUUGUUUUACUGUGA